CAUAUCCACAACUCGUGCCAUCGUCAUCUCUCUUUUCCUCUCAAGCUCCACUUUCGUUACCAUGAGCCAACUCGUACAGGCAUACGAGCAGCUCCUCCUCGACAAUGUCAGCACCGUCAACACGGUCGAGUCCGCCAUCCGCAAUGUCACCUGGUUUCUCCCAGGCCGCUUUGCCGACGCCGACAUUGCCUCCGAGGGACUUUAUGCAUUGCUCUCGGUCGUGAGCAGCGUGCAUGACAGACUGCUGGAAAAGCGUAUCCCCGCUGCCCUCUCGCUCCCGCCCCAUCCGUUCGCGCCGGAGGCCGGCGGAGGGCCAAGCACAGUCCGUCAGCCUGGCUUCCCUCCCGUUCCACGCCUCACGCCCAUUCUCCCCGCGCCCAGCGAACAUGCCCGCUACACACGCUACUGGAGCGAGCGGAGUGCGACAUACCGCCGCGCAUCGUGCGCCCUGACUACUAUCACGUACAUCGAGCUGCUGAGUGAGAUGGUUGCCAAGCGCCGCGCAGGAGACCGCAUCCGCUGGAAGGUCGUCAUGUCCAUCGAGAGCGUCAAAACUAUACUGCGUCUCCUCAUCAUCGCCAUCACGCGGCGACCCGUGCUUGAUCCCCCGACGCCGAGGCGCGAGUUCGACUUUGCCACCGUCCCUCAGGACAAGCUCCUCCCGCGCUCCAGCUCGGGCGAGAAGAAGAAGGGCGGCAGUGAGCGCCGCCCCGUUCUCGGCGCUGUGACUACGCGUGCGCCCCUCAGAAAUCACCUGUAUCCGCUUAUCAGCUCCCUUCCCGAGGAGUACCUUCCCCACCCACUUAUGCUGGUGCCCGAGCUGGGUACGGGAAGCGAGAUGGCGGCAGAGCUCCUCUCCGCGACCGCCAUUCUCGUUCAAGUCGUCCUCCUCGUUCGUGCAUCGCGUGCUCCCAAUCGCGCACGGUACCACCCGGCGUCGCUGCCCACUCUCAGCCGCAGCUUGUGGCCAUUUGCCGUCCCCAUCGCGAUGCAGCUCCUCUCGCGCCGCCUGCGUGCGCCCAUUGGCGACUCUACUCUCCUCGCCGAGCACUACGCCCACGCCGACCGCCGCAUUGCUUCCCAUUUCUUCCUCCAAGGCCCUAUGUGGAUCGGAUGGACUCGCCCCAAGGUCGUGGGCGUCAUCAACUUCCUUGGCCGCAUUCCGCUCAUCUCUCUUGCGGGCGACCUCAUCGGCGGAUACCUUCCGCUUGUCGACGACUACUUCUAUAUGGUUACGUGAUUCCUCGGGUGGGCGAAGGACUAGGAGUACAUAUAGGCAUGACAUCACUUGUACAACUAGAAA